AGGAGCUUGUUGAGAAGAUGACAAAGCAGAUGGUGGUGUUUGAUUCCGAAAAGAAUCAAACGGAAAGAAUCAAUUUUUGGACUAAUUAUCUUCUAGGGGUUGAAAGAUCCACUCUCUUCUUUCCGAUCCCAAACUGAAGAAGAAGGCAGAAAAACCCUAAUUUAGUUGGUUUUGGGAUCAUUGAGAAAUGGAGAAGGUAAUGAACAUUCUGAAGCCGAAGCCGAACCCUCAACAGUUGUUAAGAGAUUGGCAGCGUCGCCUUCGUCAGGAGUGCCGCAACAUUGAGCGCCAAAUUCGAGAUAUACAGAGAGAAGAGAAGAAUGUACAAAAGGCGAUUAAAGAAGCUGCAAAGAGGAACGAUAUGGGCUCUGCAAAGGCCCUUGCCAAGGAACUUGUGAGAUCUAAGAAAACAGUAAACAGACUUUAUGAAAAUAAGGCACAAUUGAAUUCAAUAUCAAUGCACCUUGGAGAGAGUGUGGCAAUUGCUCGUACUGUGGGACAUCUAUCCAAGAGUGCCGAGGUUAUGAAGCUUGUCAAUAACCUCAUGAAGGCUCCUGAAAUGGCUGUGACAAUGCAGGAGUUUAGCAAAGAAAUGACAAAGGCAGGAGUAAUCGAGGAGAUAGUAAACGAUGCUGUUGACUCAGCUCUAGAUUCUGAGGACAUAGAAGAUGAGAUCGAAGAAGAAGUUGACAAGGUAUUGACAGCAAUAGCUGGAGAGACAGCUGCAGAGCUUCCGGAAGCCGUUAGGAAACAAAAGUUGAAGCAACCUGAACAAAGGGUUGGAACCAGUGAAGGGGAAGAGGCUAUAGCUGAGGGUGUUGAUGAUGAGGAAGAAAUGGAAGAAAUAAGGGCAAGACUUGCCAAAGUUAGGUCAUAACUCAUAAACAAGGCUUCAGUACUCUGAUAAUAUAAUUGCAAGACAAGAUAUUAAGAAAAGUCUACAUCCUAUUUGUGAUAAUUUGACAUUUUGACUGGAAAAGAGAAUAAUUUGACUGUAAACUAAUUUGUGAUAGUUUGUAUGUAAUACAGGAAAGUUUUAUCAAAGGGUAGUAGAUUUUUUGGAGUUUACAUGAUCAAAGGGAAAAAGACUUUUCUCCAUGAUAGAGGAGAAUAGUGUAUAUUUAAUGUUCAAUGUUGGCUCUAAAAUGAGA